AUGUCGAUUCCUAUCAAACUGGUUACACUCGGCGAAAGUGGUGUUGGAAAAACAUCUGUAAUUAACAGAUACAUUACAGGCUCUUUUCCAGAGUCUUCAAAGCCAACAAUUGGAGCAGCAUUUAUAACAAAAGAAGUGAAAUUCGGCAAUGAAACAUACAAUUUAAUGAUUUGGGAUACUGCCGGCCAAGAAGAAUACAGAGGAUUGGCACCAAUGUAUUACAGAAACGCUUCAAUUGCCAUUGUUAUGUUUGAUAUUGUUUCCCGCCCAUCUUUUGAAGCAGUUGACUAUUGGCUUAAGGAUCUUAAGGAUAAUGCCGGACCAGAUAUCGGUGUCCUUCUUUGCGCUAACAAGAUGGAUCUUCAAGAAGACAGAUUCCAGGGCGCCGAUUUCUUAGAAUUCUCGAAGGACCACAAUGUUGUUUAUGUAGAAACAAGUGCUCUUACAGGAGAGGGUAUAGAUCUUCUCUUUGAACAAGCAAUCAAGCUUUUCAUAAAGAACAAGAAUCAGCCAAUCCCACCUAACCCAGGCAAUCAGAUUAACAACCAACAAAGCCAAAAAAGCACUUGCUGUUAA